UGGAAGCGAUGAUGACCGGAAAAAUAAUCAGAGCCUCAGUGAGAGCUUCUUCAUGGUCAAAGGAGCCGCCCUCUUCCUCCAGCAGGGCGGCAGCGCGCAAGGACCGAAGACCCCAACACACCACAAACAUGCAGGUGAUUUACCUCAACACCUGCAGGUCAUGUUUAAGAUCCUCCGGUCUGAAGAUCGCAUUAAACUGGCUGUGCGGUUAGAGAGUGGAUGGUCCGACCGGGUGCGCUACAUGGUUGUCAUCUACACCAACGGCCAUCAAGAUACAGAGGAAAAUAUCGUCCUGGGAAUGGAUUUUACAGACAAGGACAGUAAAAAUUGCUCUAUUGGGAUGGUGCUGCCACUGUGGAGUGAUACCAACAUACAUUUAGACGGAGAUGGAGGCUUCAGCGUGAACACAGCAGGGAGGUCACAUGUCUUCAAGCCUGUAUCUGUGCAGGCCAUGUGGUCUGCCCUCCAGGUCCUCCACAAAGCAUGCGAGGUGUCACGCCGCUUCAACUACUUCCCAGGGGGCAUCGCUCUCACAUGGAUGGCCUUCUAUGAGAGCUGCAUCACCUCAGAGCAAAGCUGCAUCAAUGAGUGGAACGCUAUGACCGACCUGGAGACCACCCGGCCCGAUUCACCCACCAUGUUUGUUGACCGGCCAACUGAGCGAGAGAGAACAGAGUGUCUCAUUAAAGCCAAGCUACGCAACAUCAUGAUGUUUCAAGACCUGGAGAACAUCACGUCGAAGGAGAUCCGUAACGAGCUGGAGCAGCAUAUGAGCUGUAACCUCAAAGAGUACAAGGAGUUUAUAGACAACGAGAUGCUUUUGAUCCUGGGUCAGAUGGACAAGGCCACGCUCAUCUUUGACCAUGUGUACUUGGGUUCUGAGUGGAACGCUUCAAACCUGGAAGAACUGCGUGACUGCGGAGUGGGUUACAUCCUGAAUGUUACCAGAGAGAUUGACAACUUCUUCCCAGGGAUGUUCUCUUAUCACAACGUCCGUGUGUACGAUGAGGAUGCCACCGACCUGCUGGCCCACUGGAACGACACCUACAACUUUAUUGUCAAAGCCAAGAAGAACAACUCCAAGUGCCUGGUGCACUGUAAGAUGGGGGUGAGCCGGUCUGCCUCUACAGUUAUUGCCUAUGCAAUGAAAGAGUACGGCUGGUCUCUGGAGAAAGCCUACAACUUUGUCAAGCAAAAACGGAGUAUAGCUCAGCCAAACGCUGGAUUCAUGAGACAGCUGGCGGAGUAUGAGGGAAUCCUGGACGCCAGCAAGCAACGUCAUAACAAGCUAUGGAGGCCUGAAACAGAUGAGGAGGGAUCAGAUGAUUUGCAAGCCUCUGGCCACUGUGCUGGUGGGGAGGAGACACCAGUGCUCAGAGAGGAAGAAGCCUGGGGAGGCUGCGGGGCAUCUCCCUGCAGGGGUAUGGGCCUGGAGAUGGAGCCUCUCGACUCUCUUAACUAUAAUUACUACUUCAGGCGUUUGUCAGACUCUGCACUAGACAGUGAGCCCUCCACGCCAGUGCGAGGCCCCCCCCUGCUGGGUAUGGAAAGAGUUUUCAUUGAGAUUGAGGAUGUGGAGAGAGACGCCCUACUGGAGGACGAGGGUUUCCCCAUGGCCCAUUUAGCCUUGCCUGGCGAGGGCACGGCAGCUCAGACGUGUGGACGCCUUGACCCCUUGGAGGACAUGAGACUGAGACUUGAGUUCAGUACUUUGGAAGAAGAGGACGAGGAAGAGGCAAAGAAAGAGGAAGCUGAGAUGGCGGCCUUGGCUCAAACACCUGGAAAUUCAGAUGGGAAGAGAGCAGAGGAGGAGGCUGAGAGGACGGAGGAAAGCCGGUUAGGCCUUGCCAACCUGAACACCAACAACAGCAACCGCCUGGCUGCAAAGCGCAGCUGCCCAGCAGCUUUUGAUGACAGUGCUAGCACAGGAAACCCUUUAAAAGUGAAGCCCUCCUAUCAGUCCUGUAAAGACUGCCUGCGUCUGCCACAAGGCCGGCGCUGUGACCGUCCAGCAGGAGGUCGUUCCCACCGCCUUAACCCCUCCCGCCACUGCUCUGUCCCUUCCAUAUGCAUAGAUCCGCCCGGGACACAUUUUGCUUCCACCCCAAUUCUGCAGUCUCUGCCAGCCCCUGCAGUUGUCCCAGCUAGCGUGGUCCAGCCCUGUACACACCUCUACCACUGUGCCACCUGUGCCCCAGGAGUAACACCUGUCCCACUAGCCAACCGCCAGAAACUGAUCUCGCCCAUGAGCUGCGAGGAGAUGCUUCCUGACCGCAGCUCAGUGGAGGCAGAGGACAUGGAUGAACCGCAGGGGGACAAUGUGGAAGUAUCAAGGGAGGGUACAGGGGCCAUCAAUGCAAAUACACCUGAAGGUUUAAAAUUACAACCUGGUGGCGCAGUGGAGCUCCAGCAGCAGGCUCUGGCGCAGCUGCAAAUGCCAGGACUGGGGAUAGAAUUUGGUCUGGAACUGAUGCGACAGAGGGCGGAACGGCUUGAGAAGCUGCCAAGCUUGGCCAUGGGGGGCCAACUCCCAGUGGGGCCCCUGCCUUAAGGGAAGAGGUGGAGGAGGAGGAGGUUCAACACUGCCUCCACCAGGUACAUUAUGACGGCUGUGGGCCAACAAGCUGCAACAAAAUGCCCUCUGUGCAUUUACAGAGUGUCCUGACAUUGUCUGCUGGCAUGAAGAUCCGGCUGGUUGUUUUCACCAUAUGCUAAAGGCUUGAAUGCUUCUGGCUAAAUUGGGACUGAAGACUUUCUUGUGUUCUCCACUCGUCCCUCAGACCUAAUUGAGGCCUGUCUGGUCUCUUCCGAACCUGCCCGCCCCACCACACAUACAGGAUCAUAACAGUUGCCCACAACCCAGUGGAGAUGAGCAUUAUGCUGCCAUUUUACCCUAUACAAACAGGUUUGGUGUAUUGGAGAACUAGUUGUUGUCCCUUUCUGACUGCUCUGGGAGCUAUAGUUAACACUUUGAUGUUGGUGGAGAGAAAAAUACCUGGAGUAACAUGCUUCUGUCAGUGUACUGUGUGUUUUUCAAUCCAACUCAUCAACAGUAUCAAAAGGAGCUCAAUGAAUGUUUGCCGUUGAGCCUGUUGGGUUGCAUUCAGCAUUUCCUCAUGAUGACAACUGAAUCCUCAUUUAACUUCACUUAUAUUUUUCCCUGCUGCAGCUGCUUUUGCAUUGUGAGAGGGCAUUUCAUGUGAAAGCGUUUUCAUUUUUUUUUAAAAAGGACGUGAGCAUAUGUGAGCCUCUUUAUGCCUCUUUGAAAAGCGUUGUACCUCGGACCACAAGCAUCUCGGACUGUUUUGGUCAAAGACUGUUUUGUCUCUGCUCAGUGGCUGGUUCAUCCUGACCCCCCUCCAUUAAAGUUAAUGUAAUCAUGUCUUUAAAGUGCUCAGCUUAGCCAGGCAUGACUUUGCAGUGUUACACAACAUAGCCUCAACAUGCUUAGGCAGAAGGCAUAUUGAAGUCAUUAAUUUUCGCUAUGUUUUUGAAAUAGUGACAAACUUUCCAGAUUCAGUUUUGUCAAUAUUCAGUUUAAGUGACAACACGUGGCGUCAGUAAAUUGAAUGAAUUGAACCGAACUACUUUUCUUAUGCCUGAAACACAUUAUGACAUUCAGGCAUAAAGAAACAUUCAUAAGCUUAAAUAUCACUCUUAGUCAGAUAAUUUCUGAUGUAACCAAAGCCAUAUCAUGUUGCCAGGUCCAGUUUAUUGCCUUCACAAUUAUAGUCGACAAAGAAGCUUUUCUUUGACCAGUUAAACAUACCUUCUUACCCAGUCUGAAUCUGGGUAGUCAUUUAUCCAAGAGGCUCCCAUGGUACACAUGGCUCACCCAGUUAACUUUUCGGUAACAUGCAGAAAAACCUUCGGCUACCUUUCACUAAAGCCACAACAUGUUUGUAAAGGCACACCAGUGAUGUAUAGAUUUAGCACUUGAGCACAACUCUAGUAUCCACUCACACAGUGCACAGGCAUAUUUCAGAUCUAUAGCUACAUUUAAUCAGAAUUCAUCUAAGAACACAGUGACAUCAAAAAUGGUUAAUCUACAGUAUGCUUCAAAGGGGUAGCUACAUUCUUUUCUUGCAGUGUGGAGUCCAUUUCUGUAAGAAUAAUUUAUUUGAUCUAAUAAUCAACAGAUGGUUAUAGUCAACAGCAGUUGCUCCUGUAAACUUUGUUGAUAAUUUACUUAUAAUUGGGAGUUUUUUUGUAAAAUAAAAUUAAUCUCCAGUUGUUAUAAUUCUGACUUUCAAAUUACCAAAUGAAAUACGUCCGUUUACAGUGUGAUAAAUUAGAAGUAUUCAUUAUUUAAUUGGCGAGACUAGAUUUCCUUUAUUUUAAAAUACAGAACAAGUAACCUAUCAAAGAAAACAGCAAAGUCCAGCUUUACAGGUUUUUGACGUUUAAGCUUUUCAACUCAUGAACUCACUAACACUUUUCAUCUUGUUCAGACAGCUUGAGGUAUAUUUUUAAACUUUUCUGUUAAAAUUGUGCCACCACUCCAAAGUUGCUGUGCCACAGGGUGUUGCUCUGCAAGUUCCUCUGUUUGGUUGAUGUUGUGUUGUUACUGUUUUUGGCACGCUGGGUGUGCUAGAAUGGUACUGAAUGAUGCCUGUUUGUUUACAGGAAAAAGCACAUGCAAGAGUUACUGUGUUUAAAAAUCUGAGUGCUUCAGAAGGAAUUAAAACUGUACAAGGAAUGAAUGCAUAUUAUUUAAUCAUGGGGUUAUUGGAUUUUUUUUUUUUUUUUUUUUGGUAGAUUUUGCUUUUCUUUAAGUAGAUCAGUAGAAACUUAGACAAACAACAAUAAUGCAUCCUUUGUUCCUUGUCCUCCCUUAACUGGAUCCCAGGGAGCUGCAGGUUUGCUCCACUUAGUUAGAUUUACGUAAUUUGGUUUUUGCCUUUAACCUGUUCUUUCCCUCACGUGGCCAUUUGAGCAUGAUGUAACAUAAGGCACUUACAGAGAGUUGUUUACAGUAGCUCGUGAAUAUUGUGGCUAAAAGAAUUAAGAAAUGCUCCAAAGUGGAGAGCCAGCUGAAGGCUGUGAAGGACAGAUUAAAGAAAUAGUUUCACAUUUUGGGAAAUAGGUUUAUUUGCUUUCUUUCCAAAAGAUAGAUGACAAGAUUGAUCCUGCUGCCAUGUCUGUGUGGUAAAUAUGAAGGCAGAUCUUGUUUUGCCUACUGCUUCAUAUUUACCAUACAGGCAAGAGAGAGGAGAUAUUGAUCUUCUUGUCUAACUAUUAGCAAGAAAGCAAAUAGACUUACUUCCCAAAAUCUCUGAACAUUUCCUUUAAUAUAUUCUUAAUAAGAUUCUAAUUUUAGCGAAUUACUGUGUUAUCGCUCUUGACAGGUGGGCCUGAGGAGGGUGUUUGACAUUCAUGUGAUGUUAUGCGCACUAAACCCCUGUGUUUGCGCUCCCAGGCCACAGCACUAUGUUUGGUUGUUUGCUUCAUGUGUUGAAUUUGUUUUUGCAUUUAAGUGCCUUAACCUCGGCCUUAGCUCUGUCAUAAAGCGUCACAGGCUUUGCAAAGUUUCUGUGA